AUGAAGUUAUUUCAUCCUUACUUGUAUCUACUCAUUUCCCUUUCAAUAACAUCAAUCUCUGUUUCAAAAUACGCCAAGACAGGGUGCAAUGAUACAUGUGGGAACAACGUGACGAUUCCAUACCCGUUUGGAAUCGGUGCAGAUUGUUCUGUGAACCCAUGGUACAUCGUUGAUUGCAACUCCUCCAGGCCAUAUCUAUCUGCACUCAACCACCUGGAAAUCUUGAGGGUAGACUUACAUAAUCAAACAAUCAUUGUUAGUACACCAAGAAUCUCUGAUUGCCAAAACCCCGUUGAGAAAACCAGUCAGCUCAUGAGUAUCGAUCUUGAUAGGACUCCCUUCCUGUUUUGCAGUUAUCACAAUAGAUUUGUUUUUGACGGGUGUGGUAAUGCAGUUAUGAUGGAAAACGGGAGUGCGCUCACCGGGUGUUCCACUUCUUGUCUGAGUGAGAAUGUUACCGAAAUAAACAACUACUGUUUUGGCUUUUCUUGUUGCCAAACGACAGUUCCACAUUUUCUUAAGUUGUACAGUAUAAAUAUCGCGGGUCUGGGUAGAGAUGGAGGGUGUGCGUAUGCUUUCUUGCUGGAUGAAGAUUCAUAUCUAAAACAAACCUUUUCUGUCCAAUCUGUUGCGGCUAACAACGCUUAUGUACCCAUGUCCCUUAUGUGGACCUUUCCACACAACGCCACACUAAGUUGCUGUCGAGGAGCCUCAGACCAUAUGAAUAUGGAACUGGAUACGGGUAAUGGUACUUUUGUGGAGUCACAGAAAUGUUCCCGUCAUAUAGGUUACAAAGGAAACCCUUACUUAUAUGAUGGAUGUGAAGGUAUUAUAGCAUCUUCUUAUUCAUGUUUUUAA